AGGGGUAUUUUUGGGAGUGCAGGAAGCAAAAAGGGGUUGUGCAGAAAGAAUUUUCUUACUUUCUGUAGAAGAUGGGGCGAGUCAUUGGGCUUACAGGUGUCAGAAAUGGCUUCCAUAAUAUGCUCCUCCGCCAGGCUACGACGUCGUUUGCCCCUGGUGAGUUUGGGACUGAUGACAUAACCCACCUUAUGGUAGUCUUGAAUGUGUGUAGAAUCAUGAAAUUUUGCGCAAUGUACCGUAGCAGACAUGGCUCUUGGCUCCCAUGGAUAUCCCCUCUGAAAUUCACAAAAGCGGACCCUCCCCCCGAACCCCUCCCCUCACCUCCGAGAAAACGCAAGCACAUCUCUCACGACUCCGCCAUCGACUUAAUCAAACGCGAGAAAGAUCCGCAGCACGCCCUGAAUAUAUUCAACAUGGUAUCCGAACAGAAUGGCUUUCAACACAACAACGCCACCUACGCCACCAUUCUCGACAAGCUCGCUCGCUGCAACAACUUCCACGCCGUCGACCGCGUCCUCCAUCAGAUGACCUACGAAACCUGCAAGUUUCACGAGGGUAUUUUCGUCAACCUCAUGAAACAUUUUUCCAAAUCUUCCCUUCACGAGAAACUGCUCCACGCGUACUUCUCCAUUCAGCCAAUUGUUAGGGAAAAACCCUCCCCCAAAGCCCUCAGCACUUGUCUCAACCUCUUGCUUGAUUCGAAUCGCGUCGAUUUAGCGCGAAAAUUGCUUCUACACGCCAAACGGGAUUUAACUCGUAAGCCAAAUGUGUGUGUGUUUAAUAUCUUGGUUAAGUACCAUUGCAAAAAUGGGGAUCUUGAUUCUGCUUUUGAGAUUGUAGAAGAAAUGAGAAACUCUGAGUUUUCUUACCCUAAUUUAGUUACUUACUCGACCCUUAUGGACGGACUCUGCCGAAAUGGGAGAGUCAAAGAAGCCUUUGAUCUGUUUGAGGAAAUGGUUUCAAGGGAUCACAUUGUGCCUGAUCCUCUUACUUACAAUGUUUUGAUCAACGGGUUUUGCCGCGGAGGGAAACCGGACCGUGCUAGAAAUGUGAUUCAGUUUAUGAAGAGUAAUGGAUGUUAUCCAAAUGUGUAUAAUUACUCAGCUCUGGUGGAUGGUUUGUGUAAAGUUGGGAAGCUGGAAGAUGCCAAAGGGGUUUUGGCUGAGAUCAAGGGCUCUGGUUUGAAACCAGAUGCGGUUACUUACACUAGUUUGAUCAAUUUCUUGUGUAGGAAUGGGAAAAGUGAUGAAGCUAUUGAGUUGCUUGAAGAAAUGAAGGAGAAUGGGUGCCAGGCAGAUUCUGUUACAUUCAAUGUGCUACUUGGGGGUUUGUGUAGAGAAGGUAAAUUUGAGGAAGCUCUGGAUAUGGUUGAGAAACUCCCACAGCAGGGUGUGUAUUUGAACAAAGGUAGUUACAGGAUUGUUCUGAACUCCUUGACCCAAAAAUGUGAGUUGAAAAGGGCAAAGGAAUUGUUGGGGCUAAUGCUAAGGAGGGGGUUUCAGCCCCACUAUGCUACCUCAAAUGAAUUGUUGGUUUGUCUUUGUAAGGCAGGGAUGGUUGAUGAUGCUGCUGUGGCACUGUUUGACUUGGUGGAGAUGGGGUUCCAGCCAGGACUUGAGACUUGGGAAGUUUUGAUUGGAUUAAUCUGCAGAGAAAGGAAGUUGUUGUAUGUUUUUGAGCUACUUGAUGAAUUAGUGGUCACAAAUACUUGAUGUUUAUUUAUACUCGUGUAAUGAGUUUCUGAAGCAAUUGGUGCUCAAAAUCCUUCACUCGAGGCAAUGGAUGAUAGUGUGCUUGUUUUAAUGGCGCAGAACCUUAUAGGCCAAUUGGAUCCAAAGACACAGGAGAUAGAUGGAUUGUGGAGUAAACCUGUCUUAGAAUGUGUGUUAACAGGAAAACGAACACACUUAAAAGUUUUGUAUUUAGAAAAAAUAGCAAUGCGAUUGAUGAAUUACAAUGUGUU